CGGAGCGCGAAGUCUCCUCCCCUCCCGGGGUCGGGGGCCCGCCCCAGCAGCGGCAGCAGCUGCAGCAUUGCAUAGACCGGGACGGCCAGCAGCCGCUUGCCGGGAAGCAGUUAGGUGAAGGAGGCGGCUGGCAGGGAAACGUUUCCUCCUCCGACCGGGCGUUGAGUCUGUCCGUCCAGCAGCAGCAACAGCAGAUCCAUCCUCAAAGCAAUGGGGAAGGUUGCGCUGAGCGGGGCGCAGUCGGGCUACCCUGAGGAAGAGACAGCAGCCCCAGCUUGCAAGCAAUGCGCCUCGCGGGCUGCCUGUGCUGCCUCCUCCUCCUCCUGCUCCCAGCUUUGAACCUUUUGUUUUCUCCAGUCGGGGGCAGCGAGCUGCUGCUGCUGCUGCUAUGUCAGGAAAGUUCCAGGAGGCAUCGGAUCAGGCCAGGCUUCUGCUCCGCCGGGAUCUGCAAGGCGUGGUGUGUGUUCUGAGGACGCUUUCCUGUGCCAGUCAACAAUAACUUUGGUAGUCACCAUCGCAGUCAACAGGCUAACGGCAUAUAGGCCCUGGCGGUUUCGGGAUGCCAGCAGCAGCUGUAUUCUUGGUGCCUUUAUCACCUUCAGGAGUGAGAUAUUAGCUGCUGCUGUUAUGACCUUGAGGGGUUCCUGCUCCACACCCACACAAUGCCGUAGCCAGUUAAGGAGGAGAAAGAAGAGGACUCGGGAUGACAAGUUCAGUGAGAUCCUGCUGCUCGAAAAGGGAAGAUUCUGCUGAACAUCAGUGCAUGCAACCUCACAAAGAGCACCGAAAGAUGACUUAUUCAGACUAUUCCUUAUUCUGUUCAAGGGAUCCUGCCUGCAUUGGCAUAAAUAUUGGCAUGAAAGUUGGAGCUCUGCUGUUUUCAGUUGUGUAAUCCUGAUUUGGUCCAUGGCCAAGGAACAUGAUACUACCCUUACAAGCUGAAAUGCCUUGAGGACCUUGGCUCUGAAUUCAUUCCUCCCGAAGCAAUGGUUUUCUCCGCAAUGUUGACAUCUGCCCACUCUAGGACACUGAAUGCUACUUUUAUUGUCUAUGAAAAUGCCUAUAUGAAUUUUACCACUCCCCAAUUUUUGCUUCGUAGUGGCACAACACAGCCAUUGAAUCACAGUUCAGGGGCCAUGGUCACCACUGAGAUAAGUACUUUACUAGUGAACCCUACAGCUAUCCUGCCAACACAAGAAGUUUUCAAGAGCUUGAGUCUGCCACUCCAGAUCAUUCUUUCUGCUGCUAUGAUAUUUAUACUGUUGGUUUCUUUUCUUGGAAACUUUGUUGUCUGCCUCAUGGUCUACCAGAAAGCUGCCAUGCGAUCUGCAAUUAACAUUCUCUUAGCAAGCCUGGCUUUUGCAGACAUGUUGCUUGCAGUGCUGAACAUGCCUUUUGCUCUGAUAACUAUCAUUACCACACGAUGGAUUUUUGGAGAUAUCUUCUGCAGAGUCUCUGCCAUGUUUUUCUGGCUGUUUGUCAUAGAGGGAGUGGCCAUCCUACUCAUUAUUAGCAUUGAUAGAUUCCUUAUUAUAGUUCAGAGACAAGAUAAGCUGAAUCCUUACCGUGCAAAGAUUCUCAUUGCUGUUUCAUGGGCUGCAUCCUUUGUUGUGGCUUUUCCAUUAUCUGUGGGGAACCCAAACCUGCAGAUACCUUCUAGAGCACCUCAGUGUGUUUUUGGCUACACCACUAGUCCUGGCUACCAGGUGUAUGUAAUACUAGUUGUACUAAUUUCUUUUUUUAUUCCAUUCAUGGUAAUGCUAUACUCUUUUAUGGGCAUACUCAAUACCGUACGCCACAAUGCAGUUCGUAUCCACAGCCAUCCCGACAGCAUAUGCCUCAGCCAGGCCAGCAAGCUUGGUCUCAUGAGCCUUCAGAGACCUUUUCAAAUGAACAUUGAUAUGAGCUUUAAAACUCGUGCCUUCACAACCAUAUUGAUUUUGUUCAUUGUUUUCAUAGUCUGUUGGGCGCCCUUCACCACCUACAGCCUUAUUGCGACAUUCAACAGUCACUUUUACCACAAGCACAACUUUUUUGAGAUAAGCACUUGGCUCCUUUGGCUCUGCUACCUCAAGUCUGCACUGAACCCGUUGAUUUACUACUGGAGGAUUAAGAAAUUUCAUGAUGCAUGCUUAGAUUUAAUGCCCAAGUACUUCAAGUUUUUGCCACAGUUUCCUGGUCACACAAGAAGACGCAUUCGGCCAAGUGCCAUCUAUGUGUGUGGGGAGCACCGGUCGGUUGUGUAAAAUUGCAGCUAUUUGACAUGACGAUUAUUUUCUGGGAUUCUUCGUUUUUAUGUAUUGUUUUAUUUUAAUAUGGCUCCUUCAACUGCCAUAUCUUAUAACUUGAGUAUGUUUUCCAAUAUCUUAUUCAAUUUUAAGGAAGAACGUGAUUUAUUAGAACUGAGUUUACUGUCAGAAACAAUGUAAACAAAAUUACAAAUAUUACCUCCCAGGAUUCAGUGGAAACCCAGACUUUUUUUUAUUAGAUUUCUAAUAUUUUGUCAGUUUUCUGCUUAUUAAGCCUGCAAUUGCAUCUAAUUGUAGGGUUUUUUAUGCUGCUAUUGUACAAUAUGUUUAGUUGGUGUAAUUUUUCUGAAAAUGUUGCUGCUUUCUGCCAAGACAUUAGAGCCAAAAAGUCACAUUUAAGUAACUUCUAUUUAAUUUUAACAAAAUUUCAAGAGUUUUGAUGAUGACAUUAGAACCUUUUAAAAAUAUUUCCAUUGAUAUUUUGUGCACUUUACAAAACUUGCUACAGAAUCUGUUUUUCGGAAUGUUUGUGAUGCCUGUAGAGAAGGUUUUUACACAUUAUGGUGGUAGUUUAAUGAAAGAUAUGUUUAGUUUCUAGAGGGCAGAUUUAUAUUGGUGUAUCUAAAACUACAGUUACUGAUUUGCUAGAUAUUGUUUCUGAAAACUUACCUAAUGGGAUAUUAACUCCUUAAUCCUGGUGAAUGAGGAAAUGGAGGCAGAAUGAAAAGAUAAAAUAUCAUGCCCAAAAUAUAAGGCUAACAUAAGUUCUGGAAAAAUGGGCCCAGGCAAAAAUUGAUCUUUUUUGACCAUUGCACACAUUUUAAUAUUUUAGUGGCUAUGAAACUCCAAAAUCUAUUGCUAUGUCCAGAAGUCAAAGUUAUAAAUUAUGGCUGUGAUCCUGUGAUUUGCAGCAUGUGGGCAGACAGAUUUUCCCAUUCAGAGCCCUAAGGAAGUCAGUGAGAGUCUGUGGGAGUGGAAUGCUGCACCCGGGUAUUCUAAGUGGGCAGGAUCAAGGCCUGUGAGAGUCUACGGCCAAAGGAGAAUUGGAAUAGGUGUUUCUGGGUCAAAAAAAAAAAAGGCACAUGAACCAUGUUUUGGACUGGGGCAA